UGUAUUAUGAGGGCAUGGAUUUAUAUGUGUUAAGUCCAUGAGCCUGUGAGAGUCUGUGAGUGUAUGUGUGUAUAUUUUGUAUGUGAACAUAUGAGUGCAUGUAUAUACCUGGAAGUCUGUAGCAUGUCUUAAUAUGCAUUUGUAUGUUCUUGUGUGUAAGUUUGGGAGGAAUAUGAGUGUGUGGAUGAGUGUGAAUCUUUGUGUAAGCUUGUGCGAGGGUUUGUGUGUGUGUUUUUGAGAUAUAAGAUGUUUGAGUCUGUGUGUCUGUGAGUGUUGUAUGUGAGUAGAUCUGUAAGUGUAUUGCAUGUUACUGUGGGAGAAUGUGUGUGUUUGUGUGAGAGUGAGUACAUGAAUGUGUGCAUGCUUGUAAGUGUGAAUGAGUGUGAACGUAUGCCAGAAUGUGUUAGGUAUGUGUAUGAGCUUCUGUGUGUGUGUGUUUGAGUAUUAGUGAGCUCUGAGUGUGUGUGCAAAAUGGUCUACAAGCAUGUUUGUGUGUGAGUUUGUGGGAUUGUGAAUAUGUAAGAGUUUUUGAGUGGGUGGGGAGUGUGAUCACAUGUUCCAGGCCAGGAAUCUGGUAGGGAAGCAGGGAGAUGCCUACCACACCUUACCAAGUUUCCUGGCACAGUCAAGUAGAUCAGAAUAGAGUUCUCCAUGCUAAUGAUGUAUCUAGAUAGACGUUGAGGGUUUAGCCAAUAAGCUUCCCUCCCUAUAAAGGUAUUUCAUCUCCGGUCUGCCCUGAGGAAGUGGUAUGGGCCCAUUUCCAUGAUGAACAAUCAGUAAGUGGUUUGGAACCAAGGAUUGUCUCUCUCAGGAACCACCACGGGGAGCAUGGAAGAAGCUUUGUCCACACAGCCGUGCAUCUGUCUCCCGCAGGAAACCGCUCCGUGCUCCGGGACUGCUCUCAACUGAGCUAUCCCAGUGAUUUCCAGCAGCAACGGGACACCCUAGAGCUUGGGAACCCCAGCUUAGGCCUCACCCUAUGCCAUUUCUCACUUGAGCUGAGGCCCCUGCCCAAGGCUGUGUUCUCCCACCCCUGAGUGGUGUGUCAGUGCUUCCCAUGAGCCCGACACAGGGUAACUGCGGUCUAGAGGUUCAUGUUUUCUCGGCCCAGUGGAAUUCCCACACCCCAGCAGUGAGGCAGAAUGCAGAGCCACAGAUGCGGGCCUGUGGGUGUGUUGCAUGAGUGUGCCUCAUGAGUGUGCAUGAAUAAGUGUAUGUGUGGGUGUGUGACUGGGUUUGUGUCUGAGAGAGCAUUUCAGUGAGAGUGUCUGUGAAUGUGUAUAUGUGAGUGUGCAUUCUGUGUGAGAGUAUAUGAAUCUGUGUUGUGUGAGAAUGAUGGCCCUUGUGUGUGUGUGUGUGUGUGUGUGUGUGUGUGUGUGUGUGUGUGUGUGUGAUGUGAGAGUGUGUGAGGGGUAUGUAUUGUUUGAGUGUAUGUAAUGAAUGUAUGAAUUUGAGAAGGUAAGUGUAACUUCGUGGAUGUGUUUCGGUGUAUGAGUGGUGUGUUUGAGUACGGGAGUGCAUGUGUUUGAGUGAGCGUGGCAGAACAUUCUCUCGACCUCUGCUUUAGCACUAAUUGGAUGGACUAAAGCAGAGUAGUGAGCAAAGGGAAUUAAGUAGAAGGAUGUUUAAAAGCAUUCGUUAGGCCUCCUCUGUGAUUAACAGACAGUAUGCUUUAUCCUCAAGGACUGAUGUUUAUGCCACUGGAGAAAGAAAACACCAAAGUCUUCUGAAAGCAAAUGAAAAAUAGAAAAUUAGAUUAGAAAAUAUGACCCUACCUGCAUCUCAUAGUCCGUUAUGCAUGAACUCCAGAUUCUGGUCUUCCCUCUUCAUUAUAUGCAAAACAUGAGAGUUGUUAGUAUACUUUUCCAUUGGGUAUAGGGAAAUUCCAAGCAAGAGCAUAGAGGAAACAUCAGUACUUUCAGACACCUGAGUAUGGCCCAGAAAGCCAUUCAAGACCUUUAACCAUUAGGACAACAAAUACUGACUUUCCGAUUAACCACAGAACCUACGUAUGGUAGUUCUUAGAGUUUGGUGCAAUGUGAGUGCUAGAAACCCAGAAUGCAAACAGGGUAGAAGGUGGGAGUUUAUUUUUAGUUCGUGUUCUCCAGGAAGCAGACACCAGAAAGUACAGUGGCACGCGAGAGUAUUUUGUUAGGAGAGUUGUCCGUGUGCUAGGAGAGCCAGAGAAGGCUUGCCAGACCAUUAGGUACAAGGCAAGUCUAACCUGGGAAAGAAUUCAGGAAAAGUCUGAGGGGAAGGGCCAAAGUAUGUACAUCAAAGCCACUGGUGAUGGUUAACAAGGCCACCAUUUCUCAUAUAAUACUGACUCACCAGCCACAGGGAAGGAGGUCACAGCGGGAGGAGCUUGAGGUGGCCGGUCCCAUUACAUCCACAAAGCAAAGAACAGUGAUGAAUGUGUGCAUGCUGCGGGGCCAUUUCCCUUCGUACAGAGUCCAGGGCCCCUCACACAGGGAAUGACCCCACCUGCAAUUAAGACAGGUCUGCCUGUAAGUUAACAUACUCAUGCUCAAGGUAGCCCUCCCCAGGCAUGGCCAGAGGCCCAUCUCCCAGCUGGUUCUAGAGCUCAUCACAUGACAACAGUAACCAUGGCAAAUCCUGGUACCUGUGUGUCUUCUCCACCCUGCUCAGCAGGCAACUUUCACCUGUAGAGAUGUGCACGUGAGGUCCACCCUCUAGACUGGAUUUCAGCAAAUAGAAAAUGGUCAUGAGAAAGAAAGGAUCCCUUGCUCCCCUGGAAGUCAUAAAUAAUAUCUAUAUUUGUGUCCUACUGUCCAGCAGCAUCAGUGACCCCAUGAAGUAACUUUUGAGCCCUACAAGCGCCCUGACUUUAAGACAGUGGUUCUGAGUCUUUGAAUGAGCAGGGAGCCCACCAACUUACCAACUGUGAUGGCUAGUCCCAGUUGUAACUCACUUGACUAUUUCUGGAAUGAACUACAAUCCAAAAAUGGAGGGCACACCUAUAAUCCAGAUCCUGAGGCUGGAAGACACAGGCUUUUGAUCCAGAUUUGAAGCAUAGAAGUUGUGAAGAGCUUAGGCCCAGGCAAGGUGGUUGUCUUAGUCAGGGUUUCUAUCCCUGCACAAACAUCAUGACCAAGAAGCAAGUUGAGGAGGAAAGGGUUUAUUCAGCUUACACUUCCACAUUGCUGUUCAUCACCAAAGGAAGUCAGGACAGGAACUCAAGCAGGUCAGGAAGCAGGAGCUGAUGGGCAGGCCAUGGAGGGAUGUUACUACUGGCUUGCUUCUCCUGGCUUGCUCAGCUUGCUCUUAUAGAAGCCAAGACUACCAGCCCAGGGACGGUACCACCCACAUUGGACUGCCCUGCCUUCCCCCGUGAUCACUAUUUGAGAAAAUGCCUUUCAGCUGGGUCUCAUGGAGGCGUUUCCUCAAGCUCCUUCCAGUCCGACUCACGGGAACUAAGUAUGGCUGUGGAGGCGGCGGCUGCGGUGCCUGCACAGUGAUGAUCUCACGGUACAACCCCAGCACCAAGAGCAUCAGGCAUCAUCCUGUCAAUGCCUGUCUGACCCCCAUCUGCUCUCUGUACGGUACAGCAGUCACCACAGUAGAGGGCAUAGGCAACACCAGGACCAGACUUCAUCCUGUUCAGGAGAGGAUCGCCAAGUGUCACGGCACCCAGUGUGGGUUCUGUACCCCUGGGAUGGUGAUGUCCAUGUAUGCUCUGCUCAGGAACCACCCAGAGCCCUCUCUAGAUCAGUUAACUGAUGCCCUUGGGGGGAAUCUGUGCCGCUGUACCGGAUACAGGCCCAUAAUUGACGCUUGCAAGACUUUCUGUAGAGCUUCUGGUUGCUGUGAAAGUAAAGAAAAUGGGGUGUGCUGUUUGGAUCAAGGAAUAAAUGGAUCGGCAGAAUUUCAGGAAGGAGAUGAGACAAGUCCAGAACUGUUCUCGGAAAAGGAAUUUCAGCCACUGGACCCAACCCAAGAGCUGAUAUUUCCUCCAGAGCUAAUGAGAAUAGCCGAGAAACAGCCACCAAAGACCAGAGUGUUCUACAGUAAUAGAAUGACAUGGAUCUCCCCGGUGACCCUGGAGGAACUUGUGGAAGCUAAGUUCAAGUAUCCUGGGGCCCCCAUUGUCAUGGGGUACACCUCUGUGGGGCCUGAAGUAAAGUUUAAAGGUGUCUUCCACCCCAUCAUAAUUUCUCCUGACAGAAUUGAAGAGCUGAGUAUCAUAAACCAGACUGGGGAUGGGCUGACCCUGGGUGCUGGCCUCAGCCUGGACCAGGUGAAGGACAUUCUCACUGACGUGGUCCAGAAGCUUCCAGAAGAGACGACACAGACAUACCGUGCGCUCCUGAAGCACCUGAGAACUCUGGCUGGCUCUCAGAUCAGGAAUAUGGCUUCUUUAGGGGGCCACAUCGUGAGCAGACAUCUGGACUCGGAUCUGAAUCCCCUUCUGGCUGUGGGUAAUUGUACCCUCAACUUACUAUCCAAAGAUGGAAAACGGCAGAUCCCUUUAAGUGAGCAGUUUCUCCGCAAGUGUCCUGACUCGGAUCUUAAGCCUCAGGAAGUCUUGGUCUCAGUGAACAUCCCCUGUUCCAGGAAGUGGGAGUUUGUGUCAGCCUUCCGACAAGCCCAGAGACAGCAGAAUGCACUAGCGAUUGUCAACUCUGGAAUGAGAGUCCUUUUUAGAGAAGGAGGUGGCGUCAUUAAAGAGUUAUCCAUUUUGUAUGGAGGUGUCGGUCCAACCACCAUCGGUGCCAAGAACUCCUGUCAGAAACUCAUUGGAAGGCCCUGGAAUGAAGAGAUGCUGGACACAGCAUGCAGGCUGGUUUUGGAUGAAGUCACCCUUGCAGGUUCAGCUCCUGGUGGGAAGGUGGAGUUCAAGAGGACCCUCAUCAUCAGCUUCCUUUUCAAGUUCUACCUGGAGGUGCUGCAGGGUCUGAAGAGGGAGGACCCAGGUCACUAUCCUAGCUUGACAAACAAUUAUGAGAGUGCUUUAGAAGAUCUCCAUUCAAAACAUCACUGGAGAACAUUAACCCACCAGAACGUGGACUCGAUGCAGCUUCCUCAGGACCCAAUUGGCCGUCCCAUCAUGCACCUUUCUGGUAUUAAGCACGCUACCGGCGAGGCCAUCUACUGUGACGACAUGCCUGCAGUAGACCGGGAGCUUUUCCUGACUUUUGUAACAAGUUCAAGAGCACACGCUAAGAUUGUGUCCAUUGAUCUGUCAGAAGCUCUCAGCCUGCCAGGCGUGGUGGACAUCAUUACUGCGGAUCAUCUUCAGGACACAACCACCUUCGGCACAGAGACGCUUCUGGCCACAGAUAAGGUCCACUGCGUGGGCCAACUUGUCUGUGCCGUGAUUGCGGAUUCUGAGACACGGGCAAAGCAAGCGGCGAAGCACGUGAAGGUGGUCUACCGAGACUUGGAGCCUCUGAUCCUAACUAUUGAGGAAGCUAUACAACACAAGUCCUUCUUCGAGUCAGAACGGAAGCUGGAGUGUGGAAAUGUUGAUGAAGCGUUUAAAAUUGCUGAUCAAAUUCUUGAAGGUGAGAUACACAUAGGCGGCCAGGAACAUUUUUAUAUGGAAACCCAAAGCAUGCUUGUUGUCCCCAAAGGAGAGGACGGAGAGAUUGACAUCUAUGUGUCCACACAGUUCCCCAAGCAUAUACAGGAUAUAGUUGCUGCAACCUUGAAGCUUUCAGUCAACAAGGUCAUGUGUCAUGUAAGGCGUGUUGGUGGGGCGUUCGGAGGGAAGGUAGGCAAGACCAGCAUCAUGGCGGCCAUCACUGCAUUCGCUGCCAGCAAACACGGUCGCGCGGUCCGCUGCACUCUGGAACGAGGGGAAGACAUGUUAAUAACUGGGGGCCGCCAUCCUUACCUUGGAAAGUAUAAAGUUGGAUUCAUGAGGGACGGCAGAAUCGUGGCCCUGGAUGUGGAGCACUAUUGCAAUGGAGGGAGCUCCCUGGAUGAGUCCUUAUGGGUGAUAGAAAUGGGGCUUCUGAAGAUGGACAACGCUUACAAGUUUCCCAAUCUACGCUGCCGGGGCUGGGCCUGCAGAACCAACCUCCCGUCCAACACUGCUCUGCGUGGGUUUGGCUUUCCUCAGGCAGGGCUGGUCACCGAAGCCUGUGUCACAGAAGUGGCAAUCAGAUGUGGCCUGUCCCCUGAGCAGGUUCGAACCAUAAAUAUGUACAAGCAAAUUGAUAAUACCCAUUACAAGCAAGAAUUCAGCGCCAAGACCCUCUUUGAGUGCUGGAGAGAAUGCAUGGCCAAGUGUUCCUACUCUGAGAGGAAAACGGCUGUAGGAAAAUUCAAUGCAGAGAAUUCCUGGAAGAAGAGGGGAAUGGCCGUGAUUCCAUUGAAGUUUCCUGUGGGUGUUGGCUCAGUAGCCAUGGGACAGGCGGCUGCCCUGGUCCAUAUUUAUCUUGAUGGCUCUGCACUGGUCUCUCACGGUGGGAUUGAGAUGGGGCAGGGUGUCCACACUAAAAUGAUCCAGGUGGUCAGCCGGGAAUUAAAGAUGCCAAUGUCGAGUGUCCACCUGCGUGGGACAAGCACAGAAACCGUCCCCAACACCAAUGCAUCUGGAGGCUCUGUGGUGGCAGAUCUCAAUGGAUUGGCAGUAAAGGAUGCUUGCCAGACCCUUCUAAAACGCCUUGAGCCCAUCAUCAGCAAGAACCCCCAGGGAACUUGGAAGGAUUGGGCCCAGACUGCUUUUGACCAGAGCGUCAGUCUCUCGGCUGUUGGAUAUUUCAGGGGCUACGAGUCGAAUAUAAACUGGGAGAAAGGGGAAGGCCAUCCCUUCGAAUACUUUGUGUAUGGAGCUGCCUGCUCAGAGGUUGAAAUAGACUGCCUGACCGGGGACCAUAAGAAUAUCAGAACAGACAUCGUGAUGGAUGUUGGCCACAGCAUAAACCCAGCCCUUGACAUAGGCCAGGUUGAAGGUGCAUUUAUUCAAGGAAUGGGACUUUACACGAUAGAGGAGCUGAGCUACUCUCCUCAGGGCAUUCUGUACAGUCGUGGUCCAAACCAGUACAAGAUCCCUGCCAUCUGCGACAUCCCCACCGAGAUGCACAUUUCUUUUUUGCCCCCAUCCGAACACUCAAACACCCUGUAUUCAUCUAAGGGUCUGGGAGAGUCUGGGGUGUUCCUGGGCUGUUCGGUAUUUUUUGCCAUCCAUGACGCAGUGAGGGCAGCGCGGCAGGAGAGAGGCAUCUCUGGACCAUGGAAGCUCACUAGUCCUCUGACUCCAGAGAAAAUCAGAAUGGCUUGUGAAGAUAAGUUCACAAAAAUGAUUCCAAGAGAUGAACCUGGAUCCUAUGUUCCCUGGAACAUACCUGUGUGAGUGAAAUAUGAACUUCUGAAAGGAUUGGCUCAACAACUACAGAACGCACCUCCCGGUCUCUCUGCUCUAAGAUGCUAAAUAUGAAAGCCAGAGUUUCACAGCCCAGAAUCAUCCACAGCACUGCUUUACUGAUUCGGAAGUUUCUCUUGAGGAUACUCCAGAUACACCUGAGACAUUAUAAAUCAUAUAUCAAAUUGCACAAAUAUUAAAUCGUUUGCUCAGA